AUGGCGACGUAUGACGACUUGAAGCCGUACAACCUGCGCAUCGCCAACGGCGACAGGUCGCCCAUCCUGUCGGGCUCCGUGCACCCCAUUUCCGAGUUCAACGUCAGCUCCCACACGUCGCACGGCGAGCCCAAGCUAAUCCCGGCCGUGAAGGAUGAGGUCGACCGCCGCAUGCUACUCCAUGGCCUCGUCAUGGCAGUCAUGAACCAGUAA